AUGGCGGCGAAUAAAGCCGGCUCCGCACUGGCCAAGGCACUCGGGAUCGAUCUCGGGGCCAGCACCCGCCAUCAAACACAAGAAUUACAUGACCAUAUCGCGAAAGAUAUUUCACCAUACGAAACCUAUUAUGAAGAAGACCCAACAGUCAAGGAAUGGUUACUAGAGCAUGUACCAACGAAAGAUGGAUCAGCCCGCUAUGUCAAGAGCCUGUUCCCAUUCACCAAAUGGAUCCUGAGAUACAACACUCGAUGGCUUAUCUCUGAUGCCAUUGCCGGUGUGACACUCGGACUUGUAGUCAUCCCUCAAGCUAUGGCGUACGCCCUCCUCGCACGCCUCAGCCCUGAAUAUGGUCUAUAUACAUCCUUCACUGGCGCAGCUCUCUAUUGGCUAUUUGGAACUUCCAAAGACAUUGCAAUAGGAGCAACAGCUGUCGUCUCCCUCCUCGUCGGCAAAGUAAGCGCCAAAGUCCUCGAAGAACACCCAGGAGAAUUUUCGGCCGAAGAAAUCUCCAAGACACUUGCGUUCCUCGCCGGCGCAGUUCUCCUCGUCUUCGGUCUUCUCCGCCUAGACUGGAUCGUCGAGUUCAUCCCCCACGUCGCGAUCUCAGCCUUCGUCACCGGCGCCGCUAUUACCAUCACGCUCAGCCAAGUCCCGUCGCUCUUGGGCAUCGAUGGCGUCAACUCCAAGGCCGCCGCAUACCAAGUCUUUAUCGAUACUGCCCGUGGUCUGCCAAGGGUGAAGCUUGAUGCUGCGAUCGGGCUGACGGCUCUGGUGUUGCUGGGGCUGAUCAAGUGGUACUGUGAGCGCAUGGCGAGAACGCAACCGAAGAGAAAACGCAUGUGGGAGAUGUUCUGCUCCCUCCGCAUGACCUUCACCAUCUUGCUGUAUACCCUCAUUAGCUUCCUGGUGAACCGAGGUCUCGCUGAUGGCGAACACAAGUUCCGCAUCACCGGCACCUUACCGAGGGGCUUCACACACGCAGGUCCACCGUCGUUGAACCCCAAGUUGAUAUCGGCGCUACUCCCGGACCUUCCUGCUACAGUUAUCAUCCUGGUGAUUGAGCACAUCGCCAUCGGCAAGUCAUUUGGUCGCAUCAACAACUACACCGUUCAGCCAUCUCAAGAACUCAUCUCCAUCGGCUGCACAAACCUCUUCGGUCCCUUCCUCGGGGCAUAUUCCUCAACGGGCUCAUUCGGCGGCACGGCUAUCCUCUCCAAAGCCGGCGUCAGAACGCCUCUUGCCGGUAUCUUCAACGGCAUCAUCCUUCUCCUUGCUCUCUACGCCCUCACUUCCGUUCUCUACUACAUUCCCAUGGCAAGUCUAGCAGCGCUUAUCAUUCACGCCGUCGUCAACCUCAUCACCUCUCCAGACCACAUCUUCAAGUCGUGGCUCAUGUCCCCGCCAGACGUGUUCAUCUACUUCACUGGCGUUUUUGUCUCGGUGUUCACCAGCUUGGAAGAUGGGAUUUACGUCACCGUCGCCCUCUCAGCAGCUCUUCUUCUUCUUCGCCUCGCUCGGGCCCGGGGUCGCUUCUUGGGUCGAGUCCGCACCUAUCGUCACCCCGAUCGAAACUCCUCGGAGUACAGCGACUCAGAUCACCAUUCCGUGAGCAGCUCCCAAACACUGUCGCACACCCGAACUUCAUCAUCCACUCCCCGACCUCCCCGCGACGUCUUUUUGCCCCUUGAUCGGAAAGAUGGCACCAACCCGGCAGUAGAAGUCGGGGAACUAUACCCUGGUGUCUUCAUCUACCGCUUCACUGAAGGCUUCAACUACCUCAACCAAGCUCAAUAUGUCGACAGACUCAUCGAACACAUCACUCAUUCUACUCGUCGGACGACAACUCCCCACUACGACCACCCAGGCGACAGGCCAUGGAACGAGCCAGCACCGCCAUCCUCCGUCGAGACCGACUCGGAAGCACCGGCACUUUCCAAGCCGCUACUUCGAGCCGUCGUCCUUGACUGCUCCGCCGUCAACAUCAUGGACUCCGGAGCUGUGGAAGGGUUGAUAGACCUGCGAAAUCAACUCGACCGAUGGGCAGCACCAGAACCGGUCGAAUGGCAUUUCGCGGGCCUUCAGAGCAGGUGGACCCGCCGUGCCCUCUCGGUAUCUGGCUUCGGAUGUCCUACAACAGGUCACCUAGACAGAUGGGAGCCUGUGUUCACCCUUGCCGAAUUGGCUGGUAAACCUCCCCUGCUCUGUGAAGACCCCUCGGCUGGGGAGAGUUCAAAAGCUGUGUAUGUCAUGAGUGAUUCCGAGCAGUCUUCGUCUUGCGGCUUGGAAGAGGGAGUCUUACAUGUUGCCAACAAGGAGAACGGGACCCGCCACCUUGGAGCAGUCACCGGUAUCAACCGACCAUUCUUCCACCUCGACAUCGCAUCGGCUGUCGAAAAUGCGGUCAAAAGCGCGGCGAGCAAGGAUAGGGACUCGGGUUAUGCGUGUAGUUCGUAG